UCCUUUGUCGACGAGGGUCACAAGAUUGGAUUUACUCGGUGCACACUCUUGAGUAGUGAUUGCGGGUUUCCUGAUCACCCGAAUGCCUGUUCUGCCAACCAAUCUUAUAAGAAUCAUCUUAUCAUAGUAUUGAACAGGGCUGAUAGGUAACGGAAAGAUUGUUUAGGCCAAUAUGCACUUUUUAUAAGCCUACUAAAAUCCAGAGAUGUGUUUUUUAGUUGUAUAAAGUAUGUCAAAAAAAUUUGGUAGCACCAUAACAGACUCAACAGUUGCCAUUUUUGUCAGACUGUUAAUAAUUACCAUCAUACAGUGUGGUAUAGUUUUAGAAACAAUGGUGCAAAAACAUGAACAGGGCAGCUUAUGUGAGUCCAAGGAUCUCAGACAUGAGAACUCAUCGGCCAGUUCUGCUUCUGAUCAUUCUGUUUACUCUCCAUCACGCAAUUCAUUCCAGGCUCAUCGAUCCCGGUAUUGCUGAAGCAGAAGCAGAAGCAAAGAAGCCAUUGGUGAUGAAAACCGGGCUCUCGUUUCCUCCCCGCCAUCUGUGUGGUGCUUCUCGGGUUGAAGAAGUGCCGGGCAGCAUAAGCAGCAGCAAGGCAGAUCGAAGUUACAGUGUCUCGGACAAGGUUGUUCCUGGAGGCCCCAAUCCACUUCACAACUGAUGAAUGUUAGUCAACCUUGUUAGGCUUGUACCAAUACACUGUAUAUGUAUAUGUAUGUCAAUUGGCAACACCAGAGGGAUGUUCUUCUCCUUUGAGGUUCAUUACCUAUUUGUCUGUAAUCAAAACAUAGUAUGUAUCUGAUA